AUGGUGAAUAGUCAAUUGAAAUAUGGUCUUCUCGGGUUAUAUUCCCUUUUCAGUUUAGUAAAAGGUUCUGAAGGUGUUGUUGGUGUACCUGAAUCCAGACAAUCCAUCUACGAACCCAGAGAUGACGGGAAAUGGGCAUGUCUUGGUGAUGCAAAUGUGAUUAUUGAAGCCACUCAAAUCAAUGAUGGGAUUUGCGACUGUCCUGAUGGCUCUGAUGAACCAGGUACCGGUGCAUGUGGUAUGAAGGCACCACAAUUCUACUGUAAGAAUGGUGAAUUUUUACCACGUUACAUAUCUCAGAGUAAGGUUGGAGAUGGUGUUUGUGACUGCUGUGAUUGCUCUGACGAGCAAUUAACCAAAGGUGAGGUGUUUUAUAGAGGUACUCAAUGUAGUGAUUUGCGCACAUCCUUUGACAAAUUUGUCCAACAAGAGUUGGAAAACCAUCAUCAUGGUAUGCAGACAUUACUGCAAUUGAAAGCACAAUCUCCAGCACCUGUAAAGACUCAAGAAGGUUUAUCAGAACAGAUUAGGAGUCUAUCUGAACAAUUGUCCAAUAAUGAAAAGAUUCUUGCCUCUGAGAAGGCCGACUAUGCCGAAAAGCUAAAAGCAGAAAAUCCAUUACUCUAUGAAUUUGAACAGUUACAUGUGGAUGCUCUUGCGAAUGCCGUUAAUGAUCAAUUGAGCGAAAUUAUUAGAGUUGGUAGGGCUUAUGAAGAUUUGGUAAGGAUCCUUGAUGCGUUGGUAGAAAACUACUCCAGCCAUCUAAUGGAUUUGGUCGUCAAUGAAAAUGUGAAAAAAUAUCAAUUUUACAAGCUAAAGAAGUUGUCCAAGAUUAGUUGUAAUCCAGGAAAUGACAAUGAACAACGUGAGCAGCUGUUAGUCUACUUUCAAACAGAAUUACCUGAAUUAUUUGCAAACGGCCUUUCUGACAAACCCGCCAAGUAUAUUCAGGGUAAAGCUACAUUUGUGGAUAUGCUCAUUUUGAGUAAGGCUGAGUAUACUGAAGUUAUCAUGGAAGCCAUUAACAAAUUACGUUCAAUAUUACAAGAUGUCGCGGAAAAUUAUAACAGAAACUAUCAGGAUCAAGGUGUGAGGCAAGCUGCAGAGGCAUUUAAACACUAUACUGAGAAGUAUGCCACCGUGGACAUUGUUCGACUACCACAGGAUUUGAUGGAUGAGUUGGAUCAUUUGAAAUCAUUUGUCAUUGAAAAGGCUCCCGAAUUAGUUAGUUCUUCACCUUCGCUUGAAAAUCAAGAUGAAGCUGGUCAAACGGGUGUUAUGCAACAGGUUCAAAAUUGGGUUGGAGGAAUCCCCAACUUUUUUAAGCCAGAUAUGAGAGGUCAAAUUGAAAAACAUGAACAAGACGUUAGAUCUUUGAGGGCUGAAAUGGCUGCUAGAAGAAAGGAAUUGACCAGCUUGGUUGAACAAGAAUCCUCAGGUGCUGAUGAAAGGACUAAAUACAUUAAAGCUCUCAUCGAUGCAACAAAUCUCAGCCUGGAGAAAAAUCUUGAUGCUUACAUUUAUGGAAUUCAGUACAAUGGUCAAAUUUUGCAAAAAGAGAAAUCUGGUGAUCAGAACAGCGUUCUCAUUGGUAAUUUCAAGUCGUUGCGUCUCAACGAAGAGUUGGCUCUGCUCAAAUAUAAGGAAUACGUUAGAAUUAAUUACUCUGGUGAUGACGAACUGGUGCAACAUCUGAUUAGCGAAACGACAGACGAAGAGGAGGAUUACCUAUUUGGUAAUUUGUACCAAUUGAACAAUGGAUUGCAACUAGAGUUUGAAAACGGUGACCAGUGUUGGGAUGGUCCCAGGAGAUCUGCUACUGUUUUCGUGCAAUGUAGCGAUAAACAAGAAUUGAAAAAGAUUACCGAAACUUCUCGUUGUCGUUACUCAGUCGAAAUCGAAAGUCCCUUUGGAUGUUCAGAGGACUUCAUAUAUCAGCCAUUCCGCGCCGAAUAA